AUUCACAAACGUAAUCUCGUCCCCAGAGUCCUUCUUAUCUCCGCGCAUGCGUCGCCAAACGAAGUCCAAAGCACAUGAGUGGGCUCCCUGUAGUUCAAGAUGGCGGACGAAUCGCAGAAAACACCAUGGCUUGUUCAAUAUUCUAGCAAAUAUCCAAAUGAACAUCCAAGAAACUUGAUACCAGCUCUGUGCAGGGAGUUCUACAAUCUUGGUUGGUUCACUGGAACCGGUGGUGCAUUCACCAUAAAAUAUCGGGAUGAGUACUAUUUUGCCCCAUCUGGAGUGCAAAAGGAAAGGAUCCAGCCAGAGGAUUUGUUCAUCCAUGAUUCAGAGGAUAAAGAAAUUGCCCAUCCCCCACCAGAAAAGAAGCUCAAGAGGAGUCAGUGUGUACCCUUAUUCAUGUUUGCUUAUUCUAUGAGAGGAGCAGGAGCAGUUAUCCACUCACACUCCAAGUAUGCCGUCAUGGUGUCACUACUUGACCAAGAAGCCACAGAGUUUCGAAUCACUCAUCAGCAAAUGAUCAAGGGAAUCUUUAAUUCAAAAUCUCACAUGUACCACAACUUUCAUGAUUUGUUGGUCAUUCCAAUCAUUGAAAAUGCCCCAGAUGAAGCAGACUUGCAGGAACCCUUUGUUGAAGCACUUAAGAAUUACCCAGAGACCAGUGCAGUUAUUAUCCGAAGGCAUGGCUUGUAUGUUUGGGGUAAAACAUGGCAGGAGACCAAGGCGAUUGCGGAAAGCUAUGACUACUUAUUUGAUCUGGCAAUACAGAUGCGAAAAAUAGGUAUCGACCCAGCAGCAAAACCAAAGCGAUGUCAUCUGAAAUGCUGCCAAGGAGCUGAAAGCUAGGUAGAACAUUAGAUUAAUAUUAGAUUAAUAUUUGAAAAUAUACAAUGUUGACAGGUCAUAAUGGUUUUGUGGAAGGCUAAAAAAUGUGCAGUAUGUAUGUAGCAACUCUUAAUGUCUUGUUAGUAUCCCGUAUCCCUACUUCAACUGGAUGUAUUUGCCUUGGUUUCGCUCCUACAGCGAGAUAAAGGGUUGUUUGUUUGGCAUAAAAAAUAAGAAAUCUUUUUACUUUGGCCAGUGACCCGAACAAACGUUUAAAAUCGCCUAGAAAGUAUUUGUAUGAACAGUAACAUGUCUUUUUUAAAUAAAAUCCCCACUAAAUAAAAAGAAAA